UCGCGUCCGCCCUCCGCUCGCGCGUUAACGGUUACUGGGGCGCGCGACGCCUGCGCUUCGUCGUCAAUGGCAAAGAUCUUAUAGCGGGGUCAAUGGAGCGAGCGGGCGGCGGCGGCAACCUGGUUGGUGGCUCGGGCCUGCGUGUGGACCCGCUGUACCUAGGAGUGUGCACCGGCUCCUGAUCUGUGUGCGUUUGGCCUGCUUGAAAAAACUGCCCCCAGCAAAGGUGACAAUGCAUGGAAUGUAAUGAGGCAACUGAUGAAACUGUGAUGAUAGAAUGAAGGAAAGCAAUGUCGAAAUUCUUGGGUGCUCUUACUCUUAGGUAGACCCAAGGAACUGCAGUUGCUGGUUUAAGACUAGGUUUCUCAGACAAAUAUCACGUAAAUAAUGUCAUCUGUUUUAUCAAUGGAGACAAUCAAACACAGCGAAGAGAUGCUGAGGACAGCCCUAAUUUCUAAUCAUAAGGACUUUAUUGACAUGUAUCAGAAGUACACUCCAAAUGUGAAAAGGCUCCUCGAAGAAGCAUUUAAGGCAAACAGUAUUCUUUUCAAACCCAUUGAGUUACAAUCAAAGUCUGAUUGGAUCCUGAGCCAUCCUGAACCAAAGCAAGAUUUCUACACAUAUUACACCAACUCGCACAGAAAGACACCAGUUCCUGGGGAAAAUAUUAUUUGCAUUCAGAUCAUUGGUACUUUAACUCAUGAAAUUGGGCACAUUUUUGGCAUGCAGCACUGCCAGUGGCUGCAAUGCAUUGUGCAGGGAUCCAACCAUUUAGAAGAGUCCGAUCGGCGCCCUAUUGACUUAUGCCCUAUAUGCCUACGAAAGCUGCAGUGUGCCAUCAACUUUGAUAUUAAAGAGAGAUUUAAGGCGUUAUUGAGGUGGAUUGAGGAAGAUUCCAAAUCUGACCCUUUGGUUCAACCCAUGUUAACAUCUCACAAGCCCACUGAAGCAUUUCAAAACUGGAAAGUGUCUGCAGCAUUUGGAGGAGUGAAAUUUAAUCAGCUUGAUUCACUACGAAAUGGCCAGGUAUAAAGUUUUAGACCUCUAUUUGAACUCCACUAAAUUCUUUAUAAUACAAUCACAUGCCGAUUAACUCUUAAAAGUAUGUGCGUAGCAAUCUGUGGUGUGAAUUUGUGGAAUGGUCUGGAACAGGAGAUAAAAC